GUCAAAUUUUGUUAAGACCAGUACACUAGUUCAACCGGAAUAAUGAGGAAUCGAAAAUUACCAGGAAAUGUGUUGAUAGCUAUAUUUCUGGUUAGCCAAACGAGUUUUUCAAGAGGCGCUGCACCGACGACCCAGAGUCUCGAUGUCCGUCAACUUUGUUACUAUGAACAAGCGUGUAAUAACCAUGGACAAAUGACGUCAUCGGGAUGCCACUGCCAUGACUUCUGGUCGGGUGAUAUAUGUCAAUAUCCACCUGGAUCAGGGCACUAUGAUCACUGUCAUCAACAAUGUAUACAUGGAACAUGUGUCGGACACCUCGAUAACAUUGGCUAUUAUUACAACUGUAAAUGUGACCAAGGCUGGCAUGGUGAGCACUGUACGCAGGAAUAUGCACCGCCUGGGACGUUACAGUGUUACAACACUUACUGUGUUCACGGGGAUUGUUGGUAUGAUAUAGAUGAGUAUGGGCAUCCGUACAAUUACCAUUGUGUAUGUCAUCACGGAUGGGAUGGCAAGCACUGUGACCAACAGUUAACGACCGUGUCAUUGACAACACAUGCUGUCACUUCUCCAAGCACACCUGAACCCGGAUGUAACAACCAUGGGCAAAUGACGUCAUUGGGAUGCCAGUGCCAUGACUCCUGGUCAGGUGAUAUAUGUCAAUAUCCGCCUGGUUCAGGGCAUUUUGAUCACUGUUAUCAUCACUGUGAACAUGGAACAUGUGUCGGACAUCUUGGUAACAAUGGCGAAUAUUACAACUGUAAAUGUGACCAAGGCUGGCAUGGUACUCACUGUACGGAGGAAUAUGCACCACCUGGGACAAAACAGUGUUACAACACUUACUGUGUUCACGGGGACUGCUGGUAUUCAACAGACCAGUUUGGACAUCGAUGGAAUCACCAUUGUGAAUGUUACCGUGGAUGGGACGGCAAGCACUGUGAUCAACAAUCAACUGCCAUGUCACCGACUACACAUGCUGCCACUUCUCCAAGCACACCAGCUAUGUCGUCAUCAACAACAACACAAACAACAACAACGCAAAAAACAACAAAGCAAACGACCUUACCCCCUGCCUCAGCAACAUCUUCUCAUGCCCCGACUUCUACACCUUUAUCAACAACAGUUACCAAUCCGUCUAUUUCUUCUGCGGUGCCUUUGUCAAGCUGUGAUCACACAAGCACACUUUUAGCAACCGCUUUCCAAACACCAGUUGCCAACCAGAAUGCGAUAGAAUGUUCUCCUGGCAGUCACACUUCGCAUGAAGCGUUUGUACUCACAGAAUGUUCCGUACCACAGAAUCCAUCGUCGUGGCAACAGGGUGUUAAUGUAAUGGCCGACUGUGGCAGUUCGGAUGCAAUACCAACCUACACACCAAUUGCAGCUUUUGACCGUGGUUUUUAUUCGUCUGUCUGGAGUUUGUCCGGAAUUUUCCUUGGAUGCACAAAUAAUGGUUUCAAGAUUGCUCUACAGACAUGCGGCCAAGCUCCUCAUAUCACUGAACUGCAGCUUGGUGGUAGCAACACACAGAAUCCAAACAUGUUUUACACGAUAGUGUAGAUGGAUUGAAAUGUCUGUCACGUUGAAAGUAAUCAAAGCAGAAAACAAAUAC